AUGCAACUGGCGGUUAUGAGAGAUAUGGGUAAUAGCAAAGCGCGAGCUGUAUAUGAAGCAAAUUUGCCUGAAAAUUUUAGGAGACCACAGACAGAUUCAGCACUUGAGACCUUUAUUCGAGCAAAAUAUGAACAGAAACGAUACAUAGCACAUGAAUAUGUCCCGAACAAACCUGAUGUUGAUUCUUUGAUGAAGGAAUUACAAAGACUUGAAUUAAGUCAGAAGAAAAGAUCUAGUGCGGUUAGCUUGAGACCUCCAAUACAACAGCCUGUCAACAGUCAUCAGCAAAACAAAGAAUCCUCACUUAAACCAACUGAAACAAAUAAUAUAAGCAAAACAAAUAACGAUUUCGACCUUUUGGGACUUGAUAGUAUAUCUACUACAGCGGACGGAGGCGAUUUGUUUAGUCAUAUCAGUCCUAACUCAGUAACUUGUGGAAGUCAACAGCAGCGUCUAGCGUUUGGACAAAGCAAGUCAGUCAGCUCACCAGUAGAUACAAGUCAUCAGGAUCAGAAACCUAGAGAUAUAUCAUCUAGUGUGACAUCUGAUCUUCUGGGUUUAGACUUUGGAAGUACUACUUUGGAGCCGAAAAGCCUUCAAGCGCUGGGAAAGAUUCUUCGAUCUCUAAUACGAAGAUAA